AUGCCCGUCAAGGAAGAUCUCACGCCGAGGACAAACGGCCACGCCGCAUCCAACGGCUUCCUGUCUCCGCUCACCAUACCCGACGGUAUCAUACCAGAUAUCUCCCGAUCCCCCUCCCCGAUGGGCCUCAUUCCCCUCCACACACGAUACCGCAACUUCAUCCACCGCCACGAAAUCCCCCGCAAGCUGCUUCACGUGUCGAUCGGCUUCCUCACCCUUCAUCUAUACAGCCGCGGCAUCCAGCCGCUGCAGAUCACCCCGUGGCUGUUCACGGCGCUCGUCCCCAUCGCGACGACAGACAUCAUUCGCCACCGCUCCGAGACGGUCAACAAACUGUACAUCCGCUGCGUCGGCGCGCUGAUGCGCGAGACCGAGGUGUCCGGCUACAACGGCGUGAUCUGGUAUCUACUGGGCGCGUAUACCGUGCUGCGCUUCUUCCCCAAAGACGUCGGCGUCAUGGGCGUGCUCCUCCUUAGCUGGUGCGACACCGCCGCCUCCACCUUUGGCCGUCUCUAUGGCCGCUACACCUUCUCCCUGCGCAAGGGAAAGAGCUUCGCCGGCACCCUGAGCGCGUGGCUCGUCGGCGUCUGCACCGCCGCCGCCUUCUGGGGCUACUUCGUCCCCCACAUCGGCUCAUUCCCCAAUGACCCUGAGGGUUCCUUCAUGUUCACUGGCCGUCUGAACCUGAUCCCAGCUUGCGUCAAGAACCUCAUCGGUUGGCCCGCCGACAGCUCGACGGGCGUCGUCACGGGUCCGCUGGCCCUCGGAGUCAUGAGUGUGGUCUCUGGCGUUGUCGCUGCCGGAAGCGAGUUCCUGGAUCUCUUUGGCUGGGAUGACAACUUGACUAUUCCUGUUCUGAGCGGAAUCGGUCUUUGGGGCUUUCUGAAGGUUUUUGGUUAA